AGUAACUGGUUAGGUUUCUCACUAUCCCAACAUAUGGAGGGUCUUGGUCCUAAUAAUAAUGCCACCCCUAUUUCUUCAUCUUCAUUCCCUACCCUAAGUUUUGCAAACACAACUCCCUCUCAUUUAAGUUAUCCCCCUGGCCCUUAUUAUGUAGGGGAUGGUCAUGAAACAGCAGCAGCAGCCUUCUUCUCUUCAUUGUCUGUGAUGCCUCUUAUGUCUGAUGGCUCCCUCUGCAUAAUGGAGGCUUUCCAUAGGUCACACCCACAAGCAGGUAUGGUAGGAGCAGCACCAAAACUGGAGGACUUCUUAGGGGAAACUGGAGGAAUGGGGACCCAUCACUAUGACAGAAGUGGAGGAGGUAUGGCUCUUAGCUUGGAUAGCAUGUACUACCAUGAAAGCAGAACAGACAAUGGUCAGACCACUCAUCACAACAAUCAAGGUUUCCUCACUCAUCAUCAUCUCCAAGAAAAGUCAAGGAAUCAUCCUCAUAUGGAAGCUCAACUGUUCCAAGAUUUCCAAAUGUCAUCAACUCCCACUGGGAUGAAGAACUGGGAUUCAGCUCAUAUGGGUGGUUGCAUGGGUAGUGGGGAGGCUGGAGCUAUCACUGCUGCAAUGGGUUAUGGGGAUUAUCAGUCCUUGAGCUUGUCAAUGAGCCCUGGCUCAAGGUCAAGCUGUGUGAAUCCUAGUCAGCAUCAGCAGAGUCAAACAAUAGAGUGUAUGGGGAUGGAGAGCAAAAAGAGAGGGCUUGAGAUGGUUGACCAGAAGCAAAUUGUUCAUAGGAAGUCACUUGACACCUUUGGCCAAAGAACCUCACAAUACAGAGGUGUCACCAGGCACAGAUGGACAGGUAGAUAUGAAGCUCAUUUAUGGGACAAUAGUAGCAAGAAAGAAGGACAGAGCAGAAAGGGAAGACAGGUGUAUUUGGGGGGUUAUGACAAUGAAGAGAAAGCGGCUAGGGCAUAUGAUUUAGCAGCACUUAAGUACUGGGGACCCUCAACACAUAUAAAUUUUCCGUCUGAGAAUUAUCAUCAAGAGAUUGAAGGAAUGAAGAGCAUGACUAGGCAAGAAUAUGUUGCUCACUUACGAAGAAAGAGCAGUGGUUUCUCAAGAGGAGCUUCAAUCUAUAGGGGAGUGACAAGGCAUCAUCAACAUGGAAGAUGGCAGGCUAGAAUAGGACGAGUGGCCGGAAACAAGGACCUUUAUUUAGGAACAUUCAGCACUCAAGAGGAAGCUGCUGAGGCUUAUGACAUAGCAGCGAUUAAGUUUAGAGGCAUAAAUGCGGUCACAAAUUUUGACAGUUCAAGGUACGACGUCGAUCGUAUAAUGUCUAGCCACAAUCUUAUCGCCGGAGACCAGGCCAGGAAGAUCAAAGACUCCGGCGCCGGUCAGACCGACGAGAUCACGAAUGUGAACGAUGGCGGCGGAGAUCAAGCGGGCGUUCUGGAUCAGGAGGAAAACGGCCCAAUAAAUUCCACCCCACCCACAGAUUGGAGAAUUGCGCUGUAUCAGCAGCAGGAGGAGGAGGCGGCGGUGAUGGAAGAGUCCGCCGCCGCUGCGGCGGCGAGAUUGUUGAGCGCUCACUUGUCAAACGCUUCUUCGCUCGUGACCAGCGCCGGCAGUUCCCGGGAAGGGAGUCCCAAUAAGUUAAACGACCCACUUGGAUUGAUCGGACGAACUAAGCGGGAUAAUAACUCGCCGGCCGCCCAGAAGAUGGGCGGCGCUGCGGCGGUGAGUAGUAGCAAUGCGAGUUCUUGGAUCUCGUCGGCCCAUCUGAGGCCUCAUGGGCCUGUUUUUGCUGCUUGGACUGACAACAUCGUCUGAAAUAAAUUAGAAUGAACCCUGCGACUAACAUCUUCCAUUAAUCUGUUUCAAUUCAUGACAAGAUCAGAACAAGCCGGUAAUUAAGGUUUUCCUUAUCUGCUUAAUUGGGAAUUGUAUUUGACUAAUCAUCAAUGGUGUAGUCUUUCAAUUA